AUGCGUCAUAAUGGAGAAGAUGAUGAAUGGGAAGGAGAGGCGUCUGCCGAGGAAGACUUAGAUGGGGAGGAACCUGCUGAGGAAGAGGAUGUCAACCAUGGAGGAAUUAAGAUGUGGGAGGAAGAUGAUGGGCGUACUUAUUUUAGUUGCACCAAAAGAGCAAGGAAGAGAAUGAGGAAACCUUGGGAGAAAGCUCUGAUUGUUAAACUCCUUGGGAAGAAAAUUGGGGUGGAGUUUAUGAAGAAAAAAAUAAAUGUCUUAUGGGCUAGAAAAGGCAAAAUCAAUGUCACUGAUAUUGGUAAUGACUUUUUCGUAGUCCAGUUUAGUGAGAAGGAUGAUCUCAAUUUUGCGUUGAACGGUGGUCCAUGGAUUGUUUUGGGUCAUUAUUUAUCGUUGAGGAAGUGGGAACCAACUUUCAGACCUAAUAGUGCUGGAAUUGCUAAGAUUGCUGCUUGGAUUCGUCUACCGGAUAUUCCCAUUGAAUUCUAUGAUGAAGCUUUUUUUAGAAGGAUUGGAAACUGGUUAGGCAAGAUGAUCAAGGUAGACAGCAAUACAAAUGCUCAUGUAAGAGGACGGUUUGCAAGAAUAUGUGUGGAACUGGACCUAUCUCAGCCAUUAAAGGGUGAUUAUGUGCUGGAAGGAUUUACCAAACAAAUUGAGUAUGAAGGAUUAGGGCUCAUUUGUUUUGGUUGUGGGAAAUAUGGACAUAGCACCGAGAAUUGUUCAGCUGCUCCAAAGCAACGCAGUUCAUCCGAUAUUCAUAAUGACGAUCAAAUUCAUCAAGAGGAACCUGGCAACUCAGAAUUCCAUCGAAGUAAAGGAUUGGGACCUUGGAUGGUUGUUAAUCGUCAACGCAGGAGCCGGCAACCUCCUCAGACGGCCGGUGCAGUCCAGCCAGGCGCUGAUAAUCAUGGUGAUAAGGAGGAAAUUACGCAAUCACGGUUUGCAAUCUUAACAGCUGGACCUAUUAAUGAGGAGGAUCAUAAUCAAAUAAUUAAUUCUGUUACUCCUCAUAUGGGGGCCCCUCAGUUUGAAAUUCCUCAGAAAAUAUGGACUAAAUCCAAAAAGUCCAAAGAUACCCCUAGGACUAAAUCAACGGUUCCUACUAUGCAUGCGGCUCAUUCUUCAAGCACGGGUAAGAGGUGUCCAGUCCAGAGUGAAAAUCGUGAAGAUCAUACUCCCAUUCCACCAUCUCCAUCAAUUGCUACUCCCAUGGCGGUUAGUCCUAUGCAAGCAAAUCAACAUGAUCAGGAAAAUGGGAUGAAAGCAGAUAGCACUUUGAACCAGAAUCAAGAGCAGUUAUAUGACACAUUUCAUAAAACUGGUCCUGAUAUAUCAGUUGACAACAGCAGCGACAUCCAAAAUCCUGAAACCUCAACCAUCUCUACGUGCAUGGAGGUGGACAGAGUUCACCAGGAAGAUAUUUCAAGAAUGAAGGAUGCAAGAACCUUGGAGGGAGCAGUGAAACCCCAGUUUCAAAAUUCGCUUUUUCUGUUUACUAGGAAAUAUAAGCCUAGUAUUGUAGUGAUUCUAGAACCUCGGUGUAGUGGUCAAAAAGCUUCUGACAUUAUCCGAAAAUCUGGGUUUAAGCAUGCUUUUGUUCAAGAGGCAGAAGGUUACUCAGGGGGUAUUUGGAUCCUCUGGAAUGAUGAGACUGGUCUCCUGCUGGAUCUUGGAGGAUCAGGUCCUUGGUUUACAUGGAAGGGUCCGAAGUUUCUUCAUCUUGAUCGUGUUUUUAAGAGGCUGGACCGAGCCUGUGCUAAUGCAAGUUGGAAGACUACCUUUACUGAUGCUGGCGUUAAGGUACUUCCACGGAUUUAUUCUGAUCAUAGUCCCAUUUUGGUCUACUUGUCUAACUUGGACACAGGUUGGAAAAAUCGUCCCUUUCGCUUUGAGAUUGCUUGGAUGGAGCAUUAUAACUUUACUCAGUUUCUGGCUAGGAGCUGGAAUGUUGUGAAAGACACUAGAACGAAUCUGCAUGAUCUGACUCCAAAUUUAAAAAGAUGGAACAAGAUAGUCUUUGGCAACAUUUUCAAUAGGAAGACUAACCUAUUGCAUAGUAUUGCAGAAAUUCAGAAUCAUGUCUCACAAUGGGAGAUUGGAGACGGUAAUUAUGCAUCAUUAUUUUGGACAGACAAUUGGUUGGGUUUAACUGAGUGUCUUGCCUCUCUGGCUACUCGUACUCCAACUGGUUUGGAGUUGAAUCUCCCUGUUAGUGCCUUCGUGAACAGCAAUACUGGUCAAUGGAACUUUCCCUAUAUUCGUCAAUAUCUCAAUGAUCAAGCUGUUGCAAGGAUCCAAGCUGCUCUCAUUCCUAGCGCAUCGGAUGGAAAUGACCGUAUUAUUUGGAGAAAUCAAAAGCGUGUUAAAUCUUGUAUGUGGAUCAUAAUGCAUGGCCGCCUUCUUCUGAAGACCGCACAUCUAGAUGGAGUGGGGAAUCUGGUCAUUGUAAAAAUAUGUCCCUG